UCUCUCAUUACAUGAGUUUCUUCAUUGUUUUUCGUUAUAGCAAGUAUUGUUAGUGGAAAAACUCGAGAAUUUUAAUGUAAUAUUGUGCAAACGUAUCAUGCUGACAUAAUAAAAGAAGAAGAAGAAAUAUUGAUAAUAGCUGUAAAUAGUUAUUAAUAAAUAACUACGUUGAAAAUACAAAAUUAUGCGUUUGUCUAUUAUAAAUCGUAAAUAUUAGUGCUAAUAAUUGUAAAAAGAAAAAGAAAAAGAAAAACAACUGAUUAAAAAUGUUAUCUAUCGAAAGAAUCCCUGACCAAAUUGGAUAUUUAGUUCUAACAGAGGAUGGAGCAGUAAUAUCGUCUGGUGGCGAUUUAGAGAAUGAUGAAAGAAUUGCUAGUGUUAUUGUGGGUUUGGUAAUGUUGACAAAUAAAAUAGACCCAAAAGCAUUUCCCAUGGGUGAAGCUUUUGAAAAAAUAUCAAUUACAUAUCCAGAUCAUUGUUAUAUUAUUUGUCUUUCAAAUAAGAAGAUCUAUGUAGUAAAGAAAAAAUUAUCAUUGCCAGAACAAAAUAUUGAACCACAACAAUUUAUUGAUGUUUAAGUAUAAAUAUGUGUGUAUGCGUGCGUGCGCGUGUAUGUGUGUGUGUGUUAAUACAUUCAAAGCAAAUUCACAAUAUUUUUUUCAAUUUUCUUAUACUGAAAACCAAUUACAAUAGAAAAAAAAAUUUCAAAACUGGUUAUUGCGAACUUCUGUCAUUAAAACAAGGAUGAAAAUUAAACAAAUUUUUAUCG